AUGGGGAAGAACUUUGUCGUGGCGGAUAUCAGCAACAAUAUCAAUCACGUUUACUUCUACGACGAAAGAGCCCAAGGCAAGGAUGCGGACGCACUAUGCCGUCUUCGAUUGAACUAUCAUCUUGCCAAGUUACUUGGCAAUUUGCACUCGAACCUCCCUCCGGCUGAGGCAUCGAUUGACUCUGUUCGACUAUCGCGUCAUGAAGUUAAGAUAUUACCGGCGAAGAAGCAAAAAUCCUUGGCAGCGAAAUACUUUUUCAUCCCCCCGGUGUUUUGA